AUGCGGGAAAAAAUUGACAUUGACGGUCCAGAAGCCCUCUCUAUCCUUCAUCAUCGGUCCAAGAAGGAAGAAGCAACGUCCACCACGACGUCCCUCAUCGAUUUGCGAGCGGUGAUGGACAACAUAGUGUGUGCAGCACAGCGCAACAUGGGGACAAGAAUGACGUUUCAGUUUCAAGAAAGGUAUAAUUCACAGCAUGAAAGAAUGCCAGGUGAAGUUAUACGUGCGGAGAAAGCAAGGAAGCAAAGAGUCACGCAUGGCUUCAAAUUGGACCGUAGCCACGUCAAGAAACAACCACGUCUUGGACUGCCGUUCAAAGCUGCAACUGCUGAAUCCGAGCUACAAAUUCGUACAAUUUCCGAAGAUCCAAUGCUUGCCAAUUAUGUACCAGUAUAUGUGAUGCUCCCAUUGGGAGUUGUUACAAAUGAAAAUGUCUUAGAAGAUAGAGUGGGACUAGAGAACCAACUCAGGGAGCUACAUGCAGCAGGUGUUGAUGGGGUUAUGGUUGAUGUCUGGUGGGGUAUAGUAGAAUCCAAAGGUCCUCAGCAAUAUGAUUGGUCCGCUUACAGGACCUUGUUUCAAUUGGUUCAGAACUGUAAACUGAAGCUACAAGUCAUAAUGUCAUUCCAUCAAUGUGGAGGGAAUGUAGGAGAUUCUGUUUUCAUUUCACUACCUAAAUGGGUCCUUGAAGUUGGAGAAUCAAACCCUGAUAUCUUUUACACCAACUACACAGGUAUCAGGAACAAGGAAUGUUUAUCCCUCGGCGUGGACAACCAACCUUUGUUUCAUGGACGAAGUCCGAUAGAGCUGUAUACCGACUACAUUAAGAGUUUCAGAGAUAAUAUGGAAGAUUUUCUUGAAUCUGAGCUCAUAAUAGAUAUUGAAGUCGGACUUGGGCCUGCAGGAGAACUCAGAUAUCCCUCUUACUCAGAAAAUCUGGGGUGGGUAUUUCCUGGAAUUGGAGAAUUUCAGUGCUAUGACAAAUAUCUUAAAGCUGACUUCAAAGAGGCAGCAGCAAAGGCAGAGCAUCCUGAAUGGGAGCUGCCAGAUAAUGCUGGGGAAUCGAAUGAUGAACCGGAAUCUACUGAAUUUUUCAAAUCAGGGGGAACCUAUCAAACAGAGGAAGGCAAAUUUUUUCUGACAUGGUAUUCCAACAAGUUGUUGACCCAUGGUGAUGAUGUCUUGGAUGAAGCCAACAAUGUAUUCCUAGGUUGCAAAGUGAAAUUAGCAAUAAAAGUUGCUGGAAUCCACUGGUGGUAUAAAACCGAAAGCCAUGCUGCAGAGCUUACUUCAGGAUAUUACAACUUAUGUCAUAGAGAUGGAUACAGACCCAUAGCAAGGAUGCUUUCCCGACACAAAGCUAUCUUAAAUUUUACAUGUCUUGAGAUGAGAAAUGAUGAGCAACCAGUUGAGGCCCACAGUGGAGCCCAGGAACUUGUCAAGCAGGUGCUUAGUGGAGGCUGGAUGGAAAACCUUGAAGUUGCAGGGGAAAAUGCACUCGCAAGAUAUGAUCGUGGAGCUUACAAUCAAAUCCUUCUAAAUGCUAGACCGGCCGGUAUUAACAAAUUUGGCCCUCCAAGACUGAAAAUGUAUGGUGUGACAUACCUUCGUUUAUCAGAGGAGUUAAUGCAGCAGACAAACUUUGAUAUAUUCAAAGCCUUCGUGAGAAAGAUGCAUGUAAAUCUGGAUUACUGUCCAGACCCGGAGAGGUACUAUCAUUUCACAGAACCUAUGGAGCGAUCAGAGCCAAGGAUUCCAUUACAGCUUCUUCUGGAAGCAACCCAACCAUUGGAGCCUUAUCAAUGGUUAGAGGAAGCAAAUGUGAGCCAGAGUGAUGUUGUUGGCUUUCUUAAUUACAUAGUUUCUAUUAUCUUACGUAUAUUAAGGCUGAAAGUAAACUAG